AUAAAGGUAACUGCCUGUCCACACUGCGGGGCUACCUCAGCUUGCUGGUGAGCCCUGCUCCCCCCCUGAGUGCAGGUGACAUCUAUUAGAAGGUGGGGGAACCACCCCUUCAUCUGCUGCCCAUGUGUGCACACCUGGCUGUGCCCCCCUACCAGGCUUACCCCGGCGGGACUGGCAUGGGGUACCUGGACUUCUACUGGAACUCGGCGGGGGAGGCAGGACAUGGCCCCACUUCGGCCGGGCCCGGGGGAGCCGUGGGCGCCGGUCAGUCUCCGGAGGCAGAAGGGAAGAGGCAGACGGCAGAAGUAUCCCCAGCUUCAUCCAGUUCUGGGAAUUUCAGCCAAUUUACACCAGAUUCAGCCACCAGUCCACAUUCAGCAUCCUCAUCCCCACAGCCUACAGAUAGGUCUCAGGAGGGCACAGAAGAUGGCACGGAAGACGGGAUGAGGAACGCCAAGAAACGCACAGCUUUCUCCAAGGAGCAGCUGCACACCCUGCACCAGCGGUUCCAGAGCCAGAAGUACCUCAGCCCCCAGCAGAUCCGGGAGCUGGCUGCUGUCCUGGGGCUCACCUACAAGCAGGUGAAGACUUGGUUCCAGAACCGGAGGAUGAAGCUGAAAAGGUGCCAGAAGCAUAGCCUGUGGACUGAACGGGCUCAGUGCCUCACGCAAAGUGUCUUCCAGCCAAGUACUUACCUGGACAUGCACCCCAAAUUCCACCAGGGCUACCCAAUCACGGCUGCCAGCAACAUGCAAACCAUGCCUCCCCCCCGUCAGCACUAUGGAGCAGGGCAGAACGCUUACACAAUUGUGACCAGUGAGGAUGGAGGAGUCUUUGGCAAAGGUGGGAGCACCUGCAGCGUCCAGCAGACACUGCCCAGCUUCAUUGCCCAGCACAAAGUAGACUUUUACCACAGCUGUCCCAGCAGUGUGGAAUAUCCAGGCACAAAGACGGGUGACAGCUGUAACUUUCACCACUCUGCCACCAUGGGGGCUCCUUUCCCAACCACUGCUGGCCACCACCUCUAUCACUCCUAAGCACUGUGGAUGUGGGGUACUUGGGGCAGCUGUGAAUCAAAUCUUAUUCGCAUUUCUCCCUUUGUUAUUCCUGUGCUCUUCAAUUCUGAGACAUCAUGUAGUUAGAACCUGUUUGGACAUCCAAAUAUGUGCCUGCGAGCGUGCACAAAUACACAGACAUGCAAAUACCUGUUUGCCCAUAUAUGUAGGUACAGCUCUUCAUUCAUACGUUCUUAUACAUGCACACACACACGCUCUUCUUUAUUGGCAGAGACAACCUUAUAGCAAGACUUGAGAUCUGGCUACCUAGAUAGUGUCCUGGAUCUUCUAAAUUAUGGAUCUUGUAACUUGUCUCAAAAGGAGGCACAGAUUCCUUUGGAGAUCUCCUUUGUACAUAUCACCAUACAGUUGUGUAUACGUAACACAUGAAGCCAUGGAGUGUAUGGAGAAGUGCUGGUCACAUAACAUUCACUGAAAUUGGAGAAGUUAUUGUCACACACCAAGUAUCUGAUGAUUAGACCACCAGUUCUGUGGUCAGCCACAAGGUGUAGGGCUGAUGAAGUAUCUAGUGAAGGGAGAUGUGAAAAUUAGCUUGCACAAAGGCUGAUAAGACAGUCUUAUAAGCAUCAAAAUUAUAAAUAAGCCCUUUGUUGUAGUUUAUAUCUUUCUGUGCCUCCC